AUGGCUGCCGUCCACGGUUCCGUCAUCGCAGCCCAUCUGUCCCUGUUCAGGAUGUCCCACCCGAUGCUCUUCCGCUCGACGUCUGCCGCCAUUAAGGUGAACCGGCCAGCCACGCGUCAGCGAGCAUCAGCCGCCCGUCGGGCCCACCAGCACAAACUAACCCGAGCGGUAGCAAGCCCACCCCUGCAGACCCUUUUACAGGCACGAGUCGACCGCGACGCUAUGUGCGCGGUUCAUCACCCACCUGUUUGUGUGCCCCGACUACCCGCCACCCUCGACGACGUCGUCGCCUUCGGCGCCCUCGCCCCUGUUGGCGAUUCAUCGCCUACACCCUCCAUUGCGCCGGACUACACUCAGCCAUCAUAUUUGCGGGGAUCUACCUUCUCCAACGCCUAA